UCAAUGACAUUGAUAAGAGAAAUGUCAAAAUCUCCAUCCCGUUGAGGACCCGAAUUGUAAAGGAAUUUUGUUUUGUUUUCUGAGUAACAUAAAAAAAAUGUGCUAAUAUUAUUUCUGAGACAUAAUAAUUGUAUUAAACACACUUAUAUAAGAACGGGCCAAUAAGAAAAAAUGUCGAAGUCAGUUGCACGGUUAAAAUCUAUGAAGAAGGUGGCUGACAAAGUAACCCACAAUUCGAAAUUAAGAACUAAUAUACCAGCUGGUAUGGCUGCCGCAGGGCCUCCGUUGGGGCCUAUGCUCGGACAACGUAACAUAAAUAUAGCAGCGUUUUGCAAAGAUUUCAAUGAGCGUACGGCUACUAUGAAGCCUGGUAUCCCAUUGCCGACGAGAGUGAAGGUCAAUUCUGACCGGUCCUAUGAGCUCAUCAUUCAUCAACCACCAGCUUCAUAUUUUCUCAAGCAGGCCGCUGGUAUCAGCAGGGGUGCCAUGGAACCAGUAAGAGAAACAAGUGGCAAAAUAACUUACAAACAUCUGUAUGAAAUUGCAAAAAUCAAGUCAAAGGACCCGCCACUAGAAUGGAAGCCCUUGAAGGAGAUCUGUGUCAUGUUGAUAGCCACGGCCAGGACUUGUGGAAUAGAAAUUGUUAAAGAUUUGGAUCCUAAGGAAUAUGGUGAGUUCCUGCAGGAAAGGAAAAAGGUCAUAGAAGAGCAAAAGAAGCAAUUACAAGAGAAACGAGAAGCCAAAAUGUUGAGAACAGCUUAAUUGUACAAAUAAUUUUAUUAUAGGUAGUGAAUGUAUUAGGGACUAGCGAAACAAGAAAUGUCUAUUUCAUUUGAAAUAAAACAAUGAAAUACCCAAAAUUA